UAUUGUUACCUCCUGACAUGUGAAAAGAUUUUGGUCGAGCUUUGUUCCAGUCCAUAUCCGUUAGAUGUUAAUGUAAUGGAUAAAAAAGCUGUGAAACGUCGAGGCGGUGGCCGCCCGAACAGGGGAGGCGGGCGUCAAAACCGCCGUGGCCGUGGGAGCGUCAAUACACGGCCCCCAGGACCAUCUGUCAGUGGUAGAAAAGGUGGGUCCGGUUUGUACGAUGACGACGACAUGUAUGAUGAGGAUGAUGAUCAAGAUGCAGAGUUUUCUGAAAGGCCACCACCUGUAGCCACACAAAACUUCCCAGUGACAGGUGUGCCUUCACAGUACGGUAGAGGGGGCAGAGGGAGGGGCGCCACUGGUAGCAGUAACAGUUUUUCCAGGGGCAGAGGAAAGGGUGCCUCUGGUAGCAGUAGCAGUUUUGAAAGUGGCAGAGGGAGGGGUGCCACUGGUAGCAGUUAUGCCACCGGCAGAGGGAGGGGUGCUGCUGUUAGCAAUAGCAGUUUUGCCAACUCGGCGUUCAGGCCAAGAGGAAACCCUGUAAAGGUGACCAUGCAGCACUUGCACAUGAGCUCAGAAAACCAGGAGCUUGUAAAAGAUAUGCUGAAGGAUUUGCAUGGGGAUGACACUGAAGAACCAGAUAAAGUCAGCUAUUCAAGUGAGGAAGAAUAUGAUGAGCUGGACCACCGAGCAGAGAACCAGUACUGGAUGGUGAACAACCAAAUGAAGCUGGAGGAUGUGGCCACUCAUGCCUUCUCUACAGACGAGACUGAGGAGUCUUCGCAGACCACUGUCAGCUCCCUUGCAGUUAAAAAACUCACCAGGUACGGGUUUGACAAACAGAGAAGCACUGAAGCCCUGCAGGUAUGUGACGGUGACUUGGGCAUGUCUCUUGAAUACCUUCUGGCCGAGUGCUUCUCUCUCAACAAUAGUGCUGUCCCAGAUGCCCAAGACUUGGCUGAGGUUGUUGACCUUCGGAAUGAGGAGAUGUUGGUUCUACAGUCAAUCUAUGAGGACAAGUUUGUUGAGAGGAUACCUGGAAAGGUUUGGGUGAUAAAUCUACAGGUUCCGUACCUUGAUAAGGCAUUACAGCCGAAACGGGAGAAAAAAAUGGUGAAGAAACACAACGACAAUAGAGAAAUAUGCAGGUUUUAUUUAAAAGGAUUUUGUAAAUUUGGUAGACGUUGUAAGAUGAAACAUAGUAUGCCUAUUGUAGCUAAUGCUGAAGCAAAACUUGAUGAUAAUAUGGAAGAUUGCACUGACUAUGUUGUUGAAAUAAGGUUUCCUGAUGGAAACAUGUAUCCCAAAGACGCUCUUUUUGUUGCAUUUUCCUCCACUUCACAGUUCAUAGAAAAGCAUAUUUGUCUCAACAUAACUAAACAUUUGAUAGCCGAAGCUAAAAUCAGAGCAGAAAAUGAAGAACCCUCUGUGUUCUCCGUGAUAAGUGUUCUUGAUGAUGAAGCAUUUCUUGAAAGUGUUGUUAUUGAGCCUCCACAUGAAUUCUCAUGCCCUAUGUCUAGCAGACCUUGGUUAAACAAUCACUCUCAGAGAGAUCUUUCUGAUGUUGUGUUUGUCAACAAAGACAUAGCACAUGGUGGCACUUCUAAAGAUAGUGAAACAGAUAAGGAACUAGCUGAAGCAACGAAUGUCAUGAUUAAGAUGACAGCGAGUGAUUCAAAGAAGAACAAUGAAGACAAUACUGACGAUAAAAAUGGUAAGCCUGUUGAAGUGAAAAGAUCUGUGAGUAAAGAAGCAGUGAAGAAAAUGAACCCAGCUGAAACACUCAAGGCAAACAAGAGGCUUAUAGAGGAUUUCAAAAGGAAAAAGACCAGUGGUCGGUACCAGAGUAUGCAGGUUGCUCGGCAGAAGUUGCCGGCCUGGGAUCUGAAAGACGAAAUUCUCCGUGUUGUAGAGGGCAACCAGGUCAUAGUCAUCAGUGGUGAAACUGGUUGUGGUAAAACCACCCAAGUUCCCCAGUUCAUUCUUGACCUGUAUUUGACGUCGGGUGACCUUCACCUCUGUAACAUCCUGUGCACCCAGCCGCGACGUAUAUCUGCGAUGGCAGUGGCCGAGCGCGUGGCGGAUGAGAGGGCUGAUAACCUUGGUAGAAUUGUGGGAUACCAGAUUAGGCUCGAGAAAAUGCAGUCCUCCUUGACCCGGCUACUGUUCUGCACCACUGGAAUUGUGUUACGUCGCUUGGAAGGGGAUACAACACUAGAUGGAGUUACCCACCUCAUUAUUGAUGAAGUUCAUGAACGCUCAGAGGAAAGUGACUUUCUGUUGAUGUAUCUGCGCGACAUGUUACCACGGCGACCAGACCUGAAGGUGAUUCUGAUGAGCGCUACCCUCAAUGCCCAGCUGUUCUCUGACUACUUUGGCGGUUGUGCAGUCCUUGAUAUACCUGGACGAACUUUUCCUGUUGACCAGUACUUCCUGGAAGAUGCUAUAGAGUUUACAGGGUUUGUGAUGGAGGAGUCAAGUCCCUAUGCUCGCCCCAUGAAGCACAUGAAUGCCGUCCAGAGGGGUGUGGCCGAGCAGGACAGUUCAUAUGAACAGGAUGACCCUGCCCAUAAGGCCAGUGACAGAGUGCAGGACCAGAACCUCUCUGUCAAACAACUCUUCAUCAGAUACAAUGAUUACCACAAGUCGACCGUGAAGUCCCUGGCUAUGAUGGACCAUACAAAGAUCAACUUUGAGUUUGUCCUGGAGGUCAUUACCUGGAUUGUCAUUGGUGACCACUCAGAUCUCGAGUUUCCAAAGCGUGGGGCAAUCCUUGUGUUCAUGCCAGGGUAUGCGGAGAUACAGCAGCUGUUUGACAUGUUGCUGUCCAGUCAUGUGUUUGGAAGAAACAGGGCCAGAUACAAAAUAAUUCCUCUACAUUCAACCCUGUCAUCUGAAGACCAGCAUGCUGUGUUUACGACACCACCUGAAGGAGUCACAAAGAUUGUGAUAGCCACAAACAUAGCGGAGACAUCCAUCACCAUUGACGAUGUCUGCUUUGUGAUAGAUGCUGGGAAAAUGAAGGAAAAAAGGUAUGACCCCACUAAGAGUAUGGAAAGUCUGGAAAUGGUCUGGGUGUCCCGGGCAAACGCCCUCCAACGGAAAGGUCGGGCUGGGCGUGUCCAGAAGGGUUUGGCCUUCCAUCUCUUCACCAGUCACAGGUUCCAACACCACCUACUAGAACAGCCCAUACCAGAAAUCCAAAGGGCACCCCUAGAACAAAUAGUUCUUCGAAUAAGAAUCUUGGACAUCUUUAAGAAGGUCCCAGUGAAGGAUGUGUUAAACCAGCUGCCAGAGCCACCCGAUAAUGAGGCCAUCGACUCGGCUGUCAAGAGACUUGAGGUGCUGGGAGCACUCAAUGAGUCCGGGGAGUUGACUCCCCUGGGCUACCAUCUUGGCACGCUGCCUGUGGAUGUCAGAAUUGGCAAAUUGAUGUUGUUGGGGGCCAUUUUCCGAUGCCUUGACCCGGCACUUACUAUAGCUGCGUCUCUCAGCUUUAAAUCACCAUUUGUGACCCCGUUUGGCAAGAAACAUGAGGCAGAUGAAAAGAAGUUGGAAUUUGCCGCUGGAAACUCGGACCACCUCACAAUGCUAAAUGCAUACAACGCUUGGCUUGAAGCAAAGUCCCGAGGAGGUGGUGAGGCCUUCCGAUUCUGCCAGGAUAACUUCCUCUCCAAGAAAUCACUAGAGAUGCUGGCCAGUAUGAAGCAGCAGUUUGUCGAGCUGUUAUCAGACAUUGGAUUUGUGAAGGAAGGGAUUGUAGCGAGAGAUGUAGAAAGGGCAGCCAGGGGUGGAGGAGAUGGGGUUGCCGCGGUAACAGGCCUCGAGGCAAACCUGAACUGUAAGAACCUGAAGUUGGUGUCUGCCCUGCUGGUCGGGGCCCUGUACCCCAACAUUGUGCAAGUGCUCACCCCUGAACAGCAAUACGCUCAGUCUGGUGGAGGGGCUGUGGCAGUUGCACCAAAAGCUGAAGAUAUUCGAUUUAAAACCAGACCUGAUGGCUAUGUGAAGGUCCACCCAUCUUCCGUCAACUUCCAGGUUCGAUACUUCGAAAGCCCGUAUCUCGUUUACCAUGAGAAAAUCAAAACAACCAGGAUUUACAUUCGUGACUGUACGAUGGUGUCAGUGUAUCCCCUGCUCUUGUUCGGGGGUGGGGAUAUCUCGGUAGACCUCUCCCGUGGAAACUUCAUCCUCUCUGUGGAUGAGGGAUGGAUACGCUUCAUGGCGCAGUCACACCAGAUAGCAGAGUUGGUUCGUGAGUUACGAUCGGAGCUUGACCAGUUGCUCGCUGACAAGAUAGAGAAUCCACAUAUGGACCUGUGUACCUGCCCCAGGGGGAGCAAGAUUAUUGACACCAUCGUCAAACUUAUAACCACACAGUAAUUUGGACGUUGUUUUUGGCAAUGAAGAAUCAGUCUUCUUGAAUAAGGACAGACUCAGAGAUCUACCCCAGGGGUAGCAAGAUUAUAGAGGCCAUCGUCAAGCUGAUCACCUCCCUGUUGUGGCAUUAGUUUUCUAUAGAGUGGUGGUCUUCUAGAAUAAGGAUAAACUCAAAGAAAAGCUAUUGAACUUUUGACUGGUGUGCAUUGUUCUGAACAGUUCACAAAAGUCUUUCAUAAAGAAACAUGACAUUCUUGAUGCUAUUUAUGCUAUUUUUCAAGGCUUGGUUGGCAUUGGUUAUACUGUAUUUCAGUAUAGGUGAUGUUCCAUUUCUAUUAUAUCCUUGGACUCGCAUGAGUCGGAAGACUUGGCAGAUAGUUUGAUGCUUGUUGGUUCAGCAAUUUGAUGAUAAUGUCUGAUAUUGAUGUAGCUACAACAUGUAAAGGCUGAUCUAAUAAAAGAUGGGUAUUUUACUGCUGAUUCUAUAAAACUGUCUGCCUCGACAGCAGAGUAAGGGUAAUGUCAUAAUAUGAUGUGUCUUCAGCAAAUUGAAUGGUAUAACAAAAAUCACAUUGUCUCAUAAAAGAGAUUUGGAUGGGAGACAAUGUUGAGUUUUUCUACAUUUAAUUUUGAUGAUACGAGAAAUGGAUUUUGUGCAAGCGACAUUGAUAAGAUACUGUGCCUGUCAAUGAUAGAGCUGUAAUAAAAUCAUGCUGAUUCAGCAAAAUGAUUUUGAUUAAAAGUGAUGCUGGUGAAACUAAAUGCUGUUGAUGAUAGAACUCAUUUUUCCUCAGCAAAAUGGUUGUGAUUUUGUAAACAAACAAACAAAAAGACAAUGAUGUUUACACAACAAAGGCAAUGGUGGUGAUGGUGUUGGUGUCAAGAAAUGGUCAUUCAGCAUAAUGAUGUUGAUUUGGAAAUAUAUAAUACCAUAUGUCAUAUUAAACAAAAUGUUAAUUCCUUAGGGUAUUUUUCUCCCACAGUAACAAAUAUAUUGUUGUUGCUGUAAACAAAAGAUAUGUUAGUGUUUCUUAUACAAUACAAUGUUGUCAAAAUAAUUUUGUGCCAACUGAAUGAUGCUCAUUUUUUUCUUCUAAAUAAUGUUGAUUCUUAAAAAAAUACAGUGCUUAAUACAGAAUUAUGUUUUUUCUUCAACAAAUUAACUUUGAUUGUAGAUUUUAUUUCAAAUAUUAAUGGUGUUAAUUUGUCAAAAACAAAGAUGUUUCUUUAACCAAAUGUUGCCUUUCUGUAUUAUACUGCAUGUGGUUGUGUAGUUUAUAUUUGGCUUACUCAUAUUUACUCACUUACACCCAGUAAGCGGGGAUAAACAGCUCUGAUAGGAAUUGUGUUACUGGAUGUUAUAUUGGCAUGCAAUAGUUCUAGUCUGCUGUGAUCUUAGUUGUUACAUUAUAUAUUAAAAUUUAUAAAAUCUA